AUGCUGAAAAAUCUGCAAAGAACAGUGUCUGCGGCGAACUUCAAAAUGUAUCAGUCAGCGGUGACUAGUCUAUUGUUUCAAUUUGCCACAUCUGCAAUACUAAUGGUACCAUUGACUUGUUUUGUGAUAGUGGUAUGGGCUGGGUUGGAUAGUACUCAAUUGUUUAUUGAAGUAACGUUAGCUAUUGGGGCUCUUCAUCCAAUAGUCAAUGCGGUGGUAGUGACACUGACUACAUCGUUGUAUCGUGAGUACAUAUUCAGAAAAUUAGCCACACAAAGGUUCAGAGUGUUUGCGGUAAAUUUGAUUCUCUGCAUGCAUACAGAUAUUCAUUUGACACUUCUCAUUAUCCCAAUGCCACUAUCCCCAUUAAUUGCUGGUACUUGUAAUGGAAUCUUGGCCACAUAUUUCAAAAUUUGGUCGCAUUAUCUUAUUGCAUUCAUCAUCGCUGCACUCAUUAGUCAAAUGGAGUGUCUAGUCUAUUGUUUUGUCAGAAAGCAUCAGAUAAUUUCAAAGUUAGUGUCUCGUCAUGUUUUGUCGAAUGGCUGGUAUGUCUUUGGGACAAUACUAGCUGUCAGUACACCAGUGGCUAUUGGAUUGGUUUUUAGUCAAGCGGGGAUGAAGAGAGAACAUCAGAUGAGUUAUGUUAGAGAGCACCACGCAACAUACGUUGAUAGUCUUCUACCACUUGAAAACUUCUCAAUUUACUCUUCAAAUCAUCUCCUUAUCAUUGUGAUAGCUGUCACUUCCUCCGGUGGUUUCCUCUGUGGAGUUCUCUUCAUGAUGAUUACGUUCGAUAUGCUGAAAAUGCUCAAGGAAGUUCAGACAAAAGUCUCUCUUGCCAGUUUCCAUCGUUAUAAAGUCGCUGUCACCAGCUUAUUGGCUCAAUUCACAACAUCUUCUCUUCUCCUGGCUCCUCUAUUCCUCUUCGUACUCUUAGUGGCUAGUCAAAUUGAAAACUCUCACGACGCAGCUGAAAUUUUAGUGGCUAUUAUGGCACUUCAUAGCCCAAUUAAUGCUAUCGUGCUGGUCGUGACCACGCCGCCCUUCAGAAAUUAUGUACUACGAAAGUCAUCAUCAAGAAGACAACUAAGAAGAGUCAACACGUUUUCCAAUCAUAGUCAUGGAUCAUUCACGAGACUAAAAACGUUUUUCUCGUUUCUUUGA